AUGUUGUGUCAAGAUCUAGUUAGGGGGUAUGGGAGGAGGAAUGCUCAAGCAUCUUGCCUUUUUAAAAUAGAUUUGCAAAAAGCCUAUGAUGCUCUGGACUGGAAUUUCUUACAGGAGAUGAUGACUGCACUUAAGUUCCCUAAUAAGUUUGUUCAGUUAAUAAUGAAGUGUGUAACAACAGCUAGGUUCUCUCUUAUGAUUAAUGGGGUGCCUACUAGACUUAUUUCUGCUAGAAGAGGAGUGAGACAAGGGGACCCGAUGUCCCCUUUAUUGUUUGUGAUAGGAAUGGAGUACCUCUCUCGAAUUUUAGCUAAAGUAGCUAAGCAUCCGGAUUUCAAAUAUCAUCACAGAUGCAGCAACUUACAGCUAACUCAUAUGUGCUUUGCUGAUGAUUUACUGAUGUUUAGCAAAGGAGAUUUCAAGGCAGCUUACUUAUUAUUGAGAGGUUUUCAGCUGUUUUCGAUGACAUCUGGUUUGAAGGCCAAUAAAAUGAAAUCUGCAAUUUAUGGUGUUGGGCUUAAUGAGGAGAGUUGGUAUCAGCUUACUGAAGCUUCUGGCUUCCAGCGUAGCAAGUUGCCUUUCAAGUAUCUUGGGAUGUCAAUUAGCAACAAAAGAAUUACCAAAACUGAGUGUGAGUGUUUGGUUGAGAAAAUGGUGAAAAGGAUUCGAAUUUGGAGUACUAGAAACCUUUCUUAUGCAGGGAAAUGUGUACUUAUUAACUCAGUGUUGAUGUCCAUUAAUACUUACUGGUCCCAAAUGAUUAUUCUUCCUUGUUCAGUGAUAGAUAGAAUCAAUCAGAUUUGUCGAGGCUUCUUAUGGAAGAAUGGAGAUAAUAUGGAAGGCCCUGGGCGAAUUUCUUGGGCAGAGAUUUGUAAACCAAAGCAGCAUGGAGGUCUGGGUUUCAAGGAUAUUGGUCUUUGGAACAAGUGUGCUCUAGGGAAAUAUGUUUGGGCGUUAGCUAACAAGGAAGACAAUAUGUGGGUUAAAUGGAUUCAUGCGGUCUACAUAAAACAGCAGGAUUGGUGGGACUAUGUGGCUCCUAGCUCUAGUAGCUGGUAUUGGAAGCAAUUGGUUAGAGUUAAAGAUGGAUUAAAGGUCAUAUAUCAUCAAAAGCUCUCCGCCUGGGAUCAGUACAGUGUUGCUAAAGCUUACAUUCUGAUGAAGAAUAAUGCAGAAACCAGAUGGAAUUAUGCAGCAAUAUGGGAUAGACUUGGUCAUCCAAAGCACAAAUUUAUUGCUUGGCUGGUGUUAAAACAGAGGUUGCCGACGAGGGAUAGGCUUCACAGAUUUGGAGUUACUCAAGAGACUAUGUGUGUAAUCUGUGGUCUUUGUCCAGAAAGUCAUCGGCACCUAUUCUUUGAGUGUAAGUUCAGUACACGUUGCUUGGAACCCAUCUUGAAUUGGUUAGGAAUAGAUUCUUUUCGUUUUGAACUGCCUGGGUUGUUGAACUGGAUCAGAAGGAGUAAGCAUUCUUCUUGCAGAAGGAGAGCUUAUACUAGUGCAAUUUGUGCUUGUAUAUACCAUAUUUGGGUAGCUAGGAACUCAGCUUUAUGGAAUCUGCAGUUGCCUCUUAUAGGGUAUAUAAUUCAGCAUAUUAGGCUUCAAAUUUGUCAUAGAUUUAGCUGGUUGUUGGCUAAGAAUCUAAGUAUUGAGGAUUUAAGUUGGUGGCUGCUGUCUUUAACUGCUAGCUGGCGCCGUGCUGGGGCGUUGGUCUCUCGAGAAAAGGACUUCGACUCCAGGCUUGCCCAGGCUAAGCAAGCGCUCGAGGCUGAUAACAAUAAGCUGCUCGAGGAGAACAAGAAGUUGUCCAAGCUAAAUGAAAAAUUGUGCGAGGACCAAGCCACUCUCACCCUGGAGCUUCAGGAGGCCCAUGAUACAUUGAAGAAGGCCAACGAGGAGCAGAAGAAGUGGAGGGAGAGUACUGUACUCGUCACCCAAGAAUGUAAGCAGCUUAAUCUUAACUUGACUGGCAGCAAGGAGGAGAUAAAGAGACUCGAGGAGCGGGUGGAAAUUGCCCGGACAUUUGAGAAGUUGACAAAGAUGCUGCCCUCUUAUAACGUGAGCGGGGUCCAAGGACAUCCGUGA